AUGGAGAAGAAGGACGAAAGAGGGAAACGGAAGGCAGAGGAUCACGGUGCAGGUGUAUCGAGCCAGGCGCCCCUUGCGUCUGUCAGCGACGAUGAUGACCUCACAGAACUGCAGCAGGAGCUUCCAAGGCGCAGCAUUGGAGAUGCGGAGGAUCUGGCUGGAGAAGGUGUUGUGUUUGGUGGGCACGGUCAGGUCUGGGAGGUGUGCAGGGAAGAGCCUUCAUCGCUUCAGGCAGCAGCCUUCAGCCUCAGGGGGAAGCCAGCGGGUGAGCUGGCGUUUGUGGGGGAGCAUCCGCCAGUGCUGCUGACGUCAGCACAUUUUGGCCAUGCCUCCAAAAGCCGCGCAUUGGCAGGAGCCUCUGUGCUGGACAGCAGCUGCGGCCUCGUCAGGCCCUUUGUCCUUCACCAGUCAGGGAACACAGUCCAGCUCAGCGCAAUCGACAGUGCCAGGCAGGAAGCUCAAUCAGUAGUCAGCUUCCAAUUGCCGGGCCCGGCAAACGCCUCCUUGCACUCAUGCCGCAUUGCAGACGGGCCCAUGAUAGUUAUUCAGCAAGGGCAGCAAUCGCUCCUGGUGGGCUUCAGAGACCCAGAGGAGGCCUCUUGCCGCGCAACUUCAGCACAGGCUUCCAUGAUCGCGGGGGAGCUACAAUCGCAGGACGUCAGCUGGCAGGUGCAUGAGCUGCCGCUGCCAGGAGACUGUAAGCAGCGCUCCCUGCUGUGGGAGGCCAUGUCAGGGGGCACACAGCCGCAUGUGUGCGUCCUCAUGGGCUGCAGCUGUGGCGUUGAGGAAGAGGGACAUGCGGUGUUGGAGCUCCAGUACACUCCACAGCUCGGCUGGAGAGCAGAGCAGGUGGCUCAGUCAGCUUCAGGGCGGCUCUCAGCCGUCUGCCAGGUGCCCCAGGAAGCCUCCGCUGCACUGGCAGCUGGCAUCAGAACGCCCGCGCCGCGAUUCGCACUUGCGACCGACGCAGGAGAGCUGCUGGUGUUUGAAGCUCCUUCCGGUCAGCACCAUCUGAAGGCUUUGCUGCGCGCCCUUCCUGAACUCCUAAAGGCGCAGCCAGAUGCCAGCACAAAGAGCAGUGGCGCUGAGCGGAUGGUCCUGAGAGGUUCCCUGGCAGAGCGCAUGCAGUGGCCGGCGCCAGCCUCGGCACAGGGGCAGGAGCCCUCCUGCAGGCUGCUGGCAAGGGCCGGGCUGCCGCAUGUUGCAGCCCAGCUGGCAUUUGUGCCAGAUGGAAAGGCCGGUCAGCUCGUGGCGAUGUGCGCAGACAGGGAUCGGGCCAUGUGCUGCAUGGACUGGCCCCUGCUGCAGCAAGGGCCUCAGCUGAUGGGCAUCUCUGCCCUGGCGGCCGAUCCAAGCGGCCUUGGCAUCUUCAUCAAUGGGCAGGCGGGCUGGCUGGCGCCGGGACAGGCGCGCAAGUCUGCUGCAGCGUUCCUUGACGCGGGUGCUGCUGCUAAAUCGCCAGACAUCGUGGAGGGCAUGAGAAAACACGCCCUCAUGCUGCCCCGUGCAGUUGGAGCGCCCGGCAAGGAGGAGGCAAAGGCGGCGGAGGGCAUGCGUGCUGUGCUGGGCGCGCUGCGACGGCGGCUGGAGGAUGGCUGCCGCGCGGUGCAGGACGCGGAGCAGCUGGCCGCUCGUAAGGCCGCCCUCAUUUGCAGCUCGCUGCAGCUGCUGCACAACCACUGCGCCCGCACCUUCCGGCCUGCGCGCAGCACUCUGCAGCAGCCCGCGCCACAGACAGCAGGCGCGGCUGGCCGAUCUGCUGGCGGCAAUGAGCAGCAUCCCAGCAGGGGCGAUCAGCAGCCCUCUCAUGGAUCCUUCAAGCCCGCAUCAGCAGUUGACGGCACGACCGCUGCGCCAGCGCUUGUGUGUGAAGAGCUGAGCGCAGCUUUGGAAGGCGAAUGUUGUGUUGUGCACGCUCGGGUAUGGGACAGAUCUGGCACCCUCGACUUGCGCAGCGCACAGCUCCUGGCCUCCUUUGCGGACGGACCCGUCAUAGCGGCAAUGCAGCCGCCACAGGAUGCAACCCAGCAGCCAAUCUCCUCGCAAGGCUGGGACCCUCAGAGACAGCGCGGAAGCAGGGGCGGCUCUUAUCGUCUGUGCUCUCGCGUGGACAUCCAGGGGCUGGUGUCAGCGUCCAGCAGGGCCUCCUUAGACAUAAUAGCUGUAGUGUUCAUGCGGGCGGGCCGAUCAGCUGACAGUCAUGCGCAGGCAGCUGCAGGCAGGUCAGGCUCAGGGCAGGGUGUGACAGCUGUGCAGACAGGCCAGCACAUGCAGCACCUAGGGUCCUUGACACUUGAUUGGCCAGAGAUGCUGCGCCGUCAAGCGCGGACAAGCUCAGCUGCUUCUCUGGGCGCUUCAGCAGCGCCUGAGCCAAGGCUGGGAGCAGAAGCGGGUGACGGAGGUGCUGUGCCUGACAACUUUGAGCCUGAGAACGCAGCCGCAGGCAGCACAGCGCCCAUGAUGCAUCAGCAACCUAGAGCAGCCACAGGAGACGCACAGAGUGAUGCCCGACAGCAGGAGCAGCCUUGGCAGGUUUAUCAGCAGGCAUCAGCUGCACGCGGCCCAGAAAUGCCUAGUCAGCACCUGUCAGAAGCGCGCCUCUGCCUGGAAGCAGACCAGGGCAGCGUUGGGGAUGUGCCGAAGAUUUUGGAGGAUGCUCUCGGGCUACGAACAGAGUGGAUCACGAACGGCUCUGGCUGA